GAAAUGUAGAAGUAUCAGAUUGUUCAGAAUGAGAUUUUUCAUUGUAUACUUCAGUCUAUGCUUUAUGAUUACAUCUCUCUUAUUGAUAAAUUUACUAAUUUGGCCAACUGUAGACAUCACAUUAAUAAAAUCAGCAAUUUUGAAAAGAAAAACUAAAGUACAAGAAAGCGAAAGUAAUCAGACAUCUAAUGAAUCACAGUUCGACUGUUUAUUGGAAUUACAAAAUGAGUUACGUAAUCUUUAUUUAGUUGACAAUGUUCAAUCCGAGAAACUAACUCGUAUAAAAUUAGAGAAUUCUCCAUACUUCAGUACACAGCAAACAUGUCAAGAAAUCUGUGAUAAACUACCAGUAAUACCAAUAAACAUAUCUCAUAAAUACACUCCAAUCGGUAAUCUUUCUGUUUCUAAAGAACUGGUAACAGACUUGUAUAAAGUGAUCAGUUUAAACAAACCACAUAUAAAAGGUGGCGGUUGGACAUAUAAAACAUCUGAUAAAUGUAAAAAUAAUAUUGGAAAAUAUAAUCAAACUGGCGUCGCUAUAGUUAUAGCAUUUCGUGAUAGAUGGGCUCAACUAACAAGUGUACUAUCAACACUAAUACCUAUGUUACGCCGUCAAAGAUUAUGUUACCGAAUAUUUGUUAUUGAAGAAGCUGGAAAUGAUUUAUUUAAUCGAGGUAUGAUUUUCAAUGUUGGUUUCAUGGAAGCUAUGAAUAGAUUUCAUUUUGAUUGUGUUAUUUUUCAUGAUGCUGACUUAGCUCCAAUAAAUGACUUGAAUCCUUAUGGAUGUGAUAAACAAACAUUCAUACAACCAAUUCAUCUUGGUGUUGGUUUAGAUAUUAGAAAUUUUCGUCUAAAUUAUCCAGAACUUAUUGGUGGUGUAUUAAAAAUAUCAAAUAAACAUUUUGUACAAGUAAAUGGACAUUCUAAUCUAUAUUGGGGUUGGGGACAAGAAGAUGAUGAUUUAGAAAGACGAUUAAAAUAUGAAAAAAUUAAUUAUUAUCAAAUGUCUCCAAGUAUUGCACGUUAUAAAGCAUUACCUCAUGAAACACAAAAUAAAGAAGGGAAUCCACGAAAAAUUCAUUUAAAACUUUUAUCUACAGCUGUACAACGAAUGCAUCAUGAUGGACUAUCUUCAUUAAAUUAUAAAGUAUUAAAGGUUAUUGAACAUCAAUUAUUUACACAUAUAUUAGUUGAUUUAGGUAAUCAACCAAAAUUUUAUAAUUGUAAUUAAUACAAAAAUGAAUCUUAUUUAUUGGUUAGUAACAAUAUUCUUAUAAGAGAUAUUAUGAAAUAACCAUUAUAAUGCAAUAAUCCAAAGUAAGAUGAUAAAUCUAAAUAAAUAUUUCAUUAUAAUUAACAAUAUUGUUAAUGAAUAUAGACCAUUUAUUGAGUAUAAACAUUCAAUUUAUAAUUUACUUCUAAAAUGUAUUCAUAUUACUUAAAGAAAC